AUUCACAGGCGGAAUCCGGGCAGGGCACAGGCCGAGCUUAAGGAGAGGGGUCGGGGACACAGUUCGGUGACCUGGAGAUCAGGCGCUCUCAAGGGAGCGGAGUCCGUCCGUCCGGAGACCGGAGCGGGAAGACCCGGAAAAGGCGCGGCCAGAGACGGGGCAGGUUUACUGCUCCCCAGACCGGAAGACCCGGAUUGGGAAGCGUCGAGGCGGGACGGAGUGUAGCCGGGUGGGCGUGGCCACUGCGCUGCGGUUUGGGGGCGGGACCUGGGGCCCAGCUGGCAGGGGAAGAGGUUUGGGAACCCGGGCCUGGGGCUGCAGGAUCCACGUCUAGCGGGGUUCCAAGGCAGCGGUGACAUCAGGCCUCGCUCUGCUCAUGGUCUCACCCUGCCCUCUUUUCGUCCCCCGCGCCACUAGCCCUAAACUCUAAGACCCUCUUGUCCUCCUGAGCUCUGCCCUCGGAUGUCCGACCGCCCAGAGCCUGCAUGCGCCGUGGGGCGCCCCAGGACCAGGAGCUGGUGGGUCCGGGGGCCCCUGGGCGGGGGUCCCGGGGCUCCCCUCCUUCCUCAGGACCCGUUGUCCCGGUGCUGGUCUUUCCCCCGGAUCUAGUAUUCAGGGCGGACCAAAGAAGUGGACCCCGGCAGCUGCUGACCCUCUACAACCCCACGGGAACUGCGCUUCGCUUCCGAGUUCUGUGUACAGCACCUGCCAAGUAUACGGUGUUCGAUGCCGAGGGAUAUGUGAAGCCUCAGUCCUGCAUUGACAUUGUGAUACGGCACGUGGCCCCCAUCCCCAGCCACUAUGACGUCCAGGACCGAUUCCGCAUUGAGCUGUCUGAGGACGGGGCCGAGGGCCGAGUGGUUGGAAGAAAAGACAUCACUUCUGUUCUGCGGGCCCCAGCAUACCCCCUGGAGCUUCAGGGACAUUCUGAGCCAACGCCCAACCCAGGGCCUCCUACAUGGACAGGACCAACCCCAGCCAGACAUCUUCAGGAGAGACACAGCCAUAGUCAGACCCCGACCACAGCCUGUGCUACACACCAGGCCCUCCCCUCCAUUUACACAGGUGCACAUUCUAUCAGUUCUUCUCCUUGGAGAAUCCCGCCCUACACUAUAACAACCGGUUUGAAGCAGACAGAGCCGCUUUGCAAGGCUGCACACAUGCCAUCCCCUUGGGUACUUUGCUGACUUUAGAACU